AGCGCUGAGAAUCUCACCAAUCUCCGCCUUUUUUAUUCACCCGUAAACUCGAGAGGAUAUCAUUUCAUGCCUGGAGGUACUUUUGAUCAAACAUAAAUAAAUCGUCCUUUUUCAUCGCCAUAAAUCCAUUUAGCGUUUCUGGCACAAAUGAGCCCAACUGUUAUUUUCUUAUUAAGACAUGUUGUUUCUCUUUUAAACUCAAUGAUCCCGCCUCCUGGGUUGUGUUUAUCAUUCACUGCUGUGUGAGGUUUUACUGUUCGAUUGUUUUCAUUUGAGAUAUAUAUGAUAGGUGCCGAUAAAUAUUUAUACAAAGCAGAACUAAGAAUUUAUCGGCGAAACACGACUUAAACCCUCUACCAAGCUGGAUUAUCUCAAUCUGUGUAAUCCGUGCUAGGAAGCAUUUUUGUGAACUAAGCAAACUUUGUGAUCUAACAUUGCGAUAAAAGCAUCCUUUCAGACUGAUACUACGAGGUGGCCCUUCAAAUCUCUCAUGCCCCCUAUCACGCCCAGCCAUGAAAGGUUUAGUUUAUCUUCUCCAUUUACAGUGCGGUCGACAACGAGCACUGUGAUUGGUCGUUUGUCACCCCACCUAACUCCGUGUCAAUCCCUUCUUGUCAAGCAAAGCACAUUUCUUGUGUUUUGUUGGAGCUGUUUGAAUCAUGCAAGCCACACAAAAUAAUCUGGGUUUGUUUCGCGUUUUCAAACCAACGAUUCUUUUUCACGCACCUCCGCUGCCGACUCUUCAACAAAUCUUUCGUCCGCCUGAGCUGGGAAAUUCGUCAUCGCUUUGGAAGCAGCCGGUGGGACCUCUUGGCUUUGCUGCUGCUUUCACUACAACGCCUCCACCCCCUGUUAAUGUCCAAGCGUCUCCGAUGAGUUUUGAUUCUCAGGUUGUUAUUCCUUCUCUUUGUGUCGUGCCACAAAAUUCUGAUCAACCGCCCAAGAAUUUUAAAUCCGGUGCGUCCGUCUUACAAGUACUGGAGGAAUCGGUCGAAAAAUCGAACGCUUGUGUCCCAAACUUGAAUGGAAAAGGAAGAAAGAAGAAAUACCCUUGUCCGUUAUGCGACAUACGAUGCAGCAACAACGGUCAGCUUCAAGGUCACUUGAGGAUUCACACUGGGGAAAAGCCUUUUCAAUGUACUUUUGAUGGCUGCGAUAGACGAUUCGCUCGCAACGAGGAAUUGACGCGCCACAAACGCAUCCACACCGGUGUUCGCCCUCACAAGUGCGACAUAUGCAAUAAGGCGUUUGGACGAAAAGAUCAUUUAAGCAAACAUCAAAAGACACAUCUUCAAAAUUCCGAGAAAAAAGUAUUUACGUGUGUUGUGUUGGGUUGCGGUCAAAAAUACAGUCGCUCUGAUGCCUUAACUCGACACCAAUGGACUGCUCAUUCCCUGACAAAGGCAACUUCUCGGGCGAUCAAACGCCUGCCGCGUGAUCCGCAUGUCUUGAGGACUAUGAAUCCAUGUACAGUCCCGGCCAGUGGUACGUGGUUGAGCUCGUAACACUCCAACUAACUUACCGUCCGGCUUAGACCUGAUUUGUUUAUGGUGACAUAACAGUGAAAUAAUUAUGGAUCUGCUAAGAAACGUCAGAAACUCACAAGCACGUCCGCAGACAGUCAGAGAAGGAGACCGAAGAAUCAAGCACGAGUUACAAGUGUUUCGUCGGCAAAAUCGUUUUAUUGUAGAAGCUAAAGCACAUUAAAGGUGCUAUCAUCGCCUUGUUCCAUUUAUUACACGCUUUCAUGGUGGUAUUGAAGGUCAGGAGCGCGACCUUAUCUGUGAAAUUUAAUAUCGUUCGGACAAGUCUUCAAUUCACCACUUGACGCUCUGGGUUUUUUUAUCAAGACGCCGGCUGGCUUUGACAUGUGACGAUGUAGUGAAACAGAUUUUCUAAACAUCGAAAGCACUGACAGUUACAGCGAAUUUUACAGAAAGUCUUAAGUGUUGUGGAUACUCUUUCUCUCCCCUUAUGUUUAUUUACUAUAACUGAACAAUUUCACUCAAAUUUGCAAAUUAAGCCUGCUCAAAGGCAAUUAAGAAUUCUAUUAAGAACAGUGUUAGCUAACGUGUUCAUUAGCAAAUAACAAUAGACUUGUUAUCUUUGGCAAUCUAUUGUGCCACUUAACGCCAUUUUCCCCCACAAUUUCAUUAUUUGUCAGUCAAUGGAAGAAAAACAACCGCAUCAAAUUAAAUGACGCCCGUCGGAAACACACAAUGGAUUUUCCGUGGGAAAAAUCACAGACAAAGGAAUAAUUUAAUGACGAUCGCCUGUACUGGUAAAAAGUUAAUAAAGUAAGAAAUG